AUGGAGAUUGAUUCAAAUGUUGGUGACAAUCCUUCAAUAAAUGAGGGUGAAGAAGUUGAAGAACCUAAAAAGAGUGUGUGUUUUAGCUCAAGGGAAGAAAUGUACACAUUUUAUGGCAAAUAUGCUAAGCAUGUUGGUUUUUCUAUAGCUCAUAGAGCACAACAUUUUGGAGAUGAUGGGCAAUUAAAAAACUUUGCAAUUGAAUGUUCUCGAGAGGGGAAGAGAAAAAAGAAAUCAGAAGUCAACCCUUUAAAGCCAUCUUUGUCCACAAAAAUUGGUUGCAAAGCAAGGAGAAAAUUAGAAAUUAAUGAUCAAGCAAGGAUUGGGGUAUCUAGCAACUUUCAUUCAAUGGUUGUUGAAGCAGGGGGAUAUGAGUCUUUAACAUUUGAUGAGCGAGAUGCAAGGAAUUACAUUGAGAGAGCUAGAAAAUUGAGGCUUGGGGAAGGUGAUGUCGAAUCACUUCAAAAUUAUUUUAUGAAGAUGCAAACACAUAGUGAGAGAUUCUUUUAUAUAAUUGAUGUUAAUGAGGAGUUUCAUAUUAGAAACGUUUUUUGGGCUGAUGCAAGGAGUUGGGUGACUUAUGAAGCAUUUGGAGAUAUUGUUUCAUUUGACACAACUUAUCUGACGAACAAAUAUGACAUGCCAUUUGCUCUAUUUAUAGGAGUUAAUUAUCAUGGACAGUCAAUUUUGCUUGGUUGUGGAUUGUUACCUAGUGAAAGCAAUGACACAUUUAAAAUUCCAGAGAAGUUGAAAGGAUAUGCUCAGUAUGAAGCCAUAAAGUUGGCUAUGCAAAAUGCAGUUUAUGACUGUUUGACAAGAGUUGAAUUUGAGAAUAAAUAG